ACUGCGCACUGCUAAUAGUACAAAUGUAUCGCAUUGCGGGGUGCGGGUUGUUUAAUUAUAGCGUGUUUUGUAAAAGAGAAGUAAAGAAUAGCGUUAAAUCGAAUGAUGAUGUUUAUUUAUAUUAUUAGAUAGUCGGUUUCAAUUAUUGUAGAUUAAAUAAAGUGUCACAAAUGCCUUCCAAAAGCAGCAAUGAGAUGGAUACCACUUUCUUCCAAACGAACUACGUUUAUAUAUUUCACAUUAUUAUUUCUAUUAUAUUUAUUAUAUGUGUUGAAUACUUCCUUAGUUGAUGAACGUAAGGUCUCAGUCAGGCUUUCUUGGAACCACAUUUCAAAAUAUAAAGACGCUGCAUUUAAAUUUGCUACGUUUUUAGGAUUGAACUUAGAUGGAGGUUACGAGUAUCGCAGAUUGCAUAAAUCCAACCAAGUACCCAUUAAAAAACUUCCAGAUGCUCUCAUUAUAGGCGUAAAGAAAUGUGGUACACGGGCGUUAUUAGAAUUUUUAAGGCUGCAUCCAGACGUGCGAGCCGCAGGAUCAGAAGUUCAUUUCUUUGACAAGUACUAUCACAAAGGUUUUGAAUGGUACAGAGAUAAAAUGCCGCCAACGCUAGAAGGGCAGAUUACAAUGGAAAAGACACCUUCGUAUUGGGUGACGAAAUCCGCCCCUAAACGAGUAUUUGCUAUGAACCCUCUUGUAAAACUGCUAGCUGUUGUUAGAGAUCCCGUGACGCGAGCAAUAAGCGAUUAUACUCAGUCUGCUAGCAAACGACCAGGAUUACCUCGUUUCGAAGACUUCGCCCUCAUAAAUAGCACUUUACAAUGGGGCGGGGCUUGGGCCAUAGAUGGAUCAUGGCCACCAGUUAGAUUGGGGAUAUAUGCGCGACCAUAUCGUAGAUGGCUGCGUAGGUUUCCUAAAUCUAGACUUUUAUUGAUUAAUGGUGAGAGACUUGUUGCUGAUCCAGCUGCUGAAAUGGCAAGAGUUCAGGAUUUCCUCGGUCUCAAACGAGUUAUCACGGACAAGCAUUUUUAUUUCAACUCAACGAAGGGCUUCCCUUGUCUUCUUAAAUCUGAAACAAAGUCGAUACCACACUGUUUGGGUAAAACCAAGGGCAGAAAUCAUCCCCAUAUAGAGCAAGCUGUAUUAGAUCGUCUAAAAGAAUUUUAUAAACCGCACAAUGAAAAGUUUUACGAACUAUCUGGCAUUAAUUUUAAAUGGCCGUGAGAUGGACUCAAAAAUGAUUAAUUUACACGCACUUUUUUCUAAUUUUUCAAUCAAUAUUGUAAACUAGGAUUUCAAAGUAAAUGAAGAACUAUAAAAUUUGCUUUAGAAAUUUUCUGUAGAACUGAAUGAUUGUUCCGCAUAAGUCCGUUCAGUUUUUUAAGUGCAUCUGUUACAAUUUUAUUAUUUUAUGAUAUAUUAUGUACUCCGUAUACUCUAGUAGGUACUUACUUCCUGUAAGUUAAGAUGUGAAAAGUCUUUGGUGUAUGUAGAAUGCAGUUUACUGUCUAUUAUAUAUAACAUGUUUAGACGUCCACAUUUGCUUUCGACUGUGAUCCAAGUAUUAUAGGUGUACCUUUAUUAAGUCAUUAAAACUAUAAGUAGUU